UGGGCUCUAUUGCUGUCAGGAAAAGCAAAAGAAAGAAAGGAAACCAAAGACGUAACAGCUGGGAGUUUAGUAGCAAAAGUGAGGCCCUCUACUGUGGAAAUCCGCGCUCUCCAACUUGAGUUCUUUAUUCCUGAUAUGAUGCAUUUGUUAACUGUUGUCUGUGUAGUGAUUUUGGUGCAGGCCUGUAGAACAGCACCUCUCUCAUGUGAUGAAAAAACGCAGUACAGCAAAGAUGAGAAAUGUUGUAAACUCUGUGCACCAGGUGAAAGGCUGAAAGCAGAGUGCACAAGCAAUACAGAAACACAAUGUGAAUUAUGUAAAGAUGAGGAAUACCAGCCAAAGUACAACAAAGAGAAGAAUUGCAUGAUGCACACUUACUGUGAUCGAAAUGCUGGUUUUUAUAUUGCCCAUGAAGGAAAUAAGAUAACCGACAAUGAAUGUCGCUGCACGGACACACACCACUGCUCUGGUGCAGCCUGUGAAACAUGCAUACCAAAUACUUUAUGUUCAGCAGGACUAAAGGUCAAAACAAAAUCUGAUGGUAUUAAAGAUACAGAGUGUGAAACUUGUCCAGAAGGAAGCUUUUCUAAUGGGUCUUCAAAUGAGGUUUGCACACCAUGGACCAGAUGUGAAGAUAUCGGUCAGACACAGGAGAUGCCAGGAUCUCCUACAAAUGAUACAGUCUGUGUCCUGAAAAAGAAUACAUCAUCUGGUGUUUCUCUUGGUGUAGCAAUCGGAUUUGUUUUACUCGUGAUAAUAAUAUUUGCUGUCUUCAUCUGCCUGUGUAAAAAACAAUGGUAUGAUAAAAAGAAGAUACAGAAUCCAGACCCACAACAGCCAGAGAAACAGAAUUUAAAACCAGAAGAGAAUGGACUUGACCUUGCUGCCGAAAAUGAUGAAAACUGUCCAGUUCCUGAAUCACGUUCAGACCGCAACUUGCCUGUUCGACAGGAGCAUGGGAAGGACAGUCACAUGUCUGAAGAGGCUACAAAUAGUUUAUGUUAAUAAACAUCUGCACAUUUUUGGCUUCUGACAUUUGACUUGAUGGCAAGAUGAGACGGUAGAAAGUUUCACAGAAAGGCAAUGAAGUAAACACUAGUACUGACCCAGCUGCUAAUUCCUUUAACUGCCAUCAAAACAGUUUUAAAUGUCAGAAUGUGUACAUACAUCUGGAAUUCAAGACAACAGAGUCCUCUACUUCCUAACUUAACAGACAACGAUUUUCUAUAUGCUGAAAUCAGACAUACUAAGACAAUGGAGUUCUGGAUGUAUGCCAUGUGUAAUUAAUACAGUACUGUGAACAUGACAGGCUCACCAUUGCCUUUCAGGCAGAAUGGUAUCCAGACUGGGGGAAUAUCAGUGACACAGGUUAUGCCUUCUGUUCCUCAUCUCUGAUAUGUUAUCCACAGUAUCCUAUAUGUACAUUUAUACGUCCCUCUUUGGUUUGCUUCUCUUCAAAUGCCUAGCACUGUUUGCAAGAGAACUUUGUAAGCAAUGGAUCAAGCAUUGCUUAUCAGAAGACUAAGCUGUAACCUACUUUAUUUGUACUGUUUUAUAUGGCAAUGGUAUGAAAACAUAUGGACUGACAAACUUCCUCCUAUAUCAAAUUUUGCAUGUAAUCUUUACAGCAAAACAAAUUUGUUUAUACAUUUACAUUUCGAGGGAAAAAGAUAAUGACCGCUCCAGACCACAUUUGGCAUAUAAACUACUGGACGUGCAGGAGAAAAGAUAAGUUGCCUGUCUCUUGUGAUGACAUUGUUGCAAGAGUAAGAACUCCUUUCUGCUGCUAUUUGACAUUAUAGUAUCUGCUCAGUGCUAAGAGGCAUUCUGAUGUGUUGGAAGCCCAUAGUCUUCAUUGAAUGUUUGUGUUGUGUUUUAAAAGUACUGAGAAAACAGAGAGGUGUUUUAAAGGUACUGAGAAAAAGAGAGAGAGGUCAGCAUUUGCAUUGCAUAAAUUAGAUCAUGUGUCUCCUUAACUCCUCUGAGUCGACAGUUUAUGUUGUGCAGUUUAUCUGUAAUGAAGUCCAAUGUUUUAUCUAAUUGAAAUCCUGUGAUCAUCUUCUUAAAUAAGCGCAGGUGUACUGUGUGUCUGCAGCAUGCAACCAAGGCACAUAUGUACUUAGCAGUCUGUACUUGGCAUCAUGGAUUGCACAUAUUUUCAGUGCAGGGGUGCACAUUAUACAAGUCAGGUGUGCACAUUACACAAGUAUGCAUCUUAGUUUUCAGCACAGAUUGUGUAAAUGAAUGUAAUGUAACUGCAGGACAUGCUGCUUCAUUUUUGUAAUGUUUUGUGAUUUAAAACAAAAAUUACAUAGUUCCUGUCCAUUAGCUAACUAUAAUGGAAUUCGUGAGAAGGAUUCAGCCAUCAGCUUCUGUGUUAGACAGUUCAUGGGCAGUGUACUACAUUACACUGACAGUCUGAAAAACCUGUCUUUCAAUGUUCGAAAGUGGUAAUUUUUUUUUAAACUUUAAAGAACAGAUCCUAGAAAUCUUGAAUAAGAAUGAAUGUACUUCAUAGAUGUUAUGUUGCAGGUUUACAUUUGUGAAUACACGAAAACCUGUAUAAAUGCAUUCAAGGGAGAUUAUAUGUUGUGGACAAAAAUGUUGACACCAGAUAUAACAAUGGUUUUGUGAGGAUUCCAAGCUUUAAUUCUAAAUUAAAGAAGGAUAUUUUUAUUAUUGAGCUGGUUUAUAUUGGAAUGUUACUAUUUAGAAUAAGCUCUGGCAGUAGUUUCAUGACUCCUUAAACAUAUUGUGGGUAUAAAAAGUAGCAAAAACAACUGUACAUAUUUCAUCUUGACCACAGAAAGGUUGUAAACAAUUCAAAGACUGCAUUAUAAGUUGAACAACAAGCAGAUUAUUUAUUUUACAGUUCCAGAAUUGGUUACCAAGCAUGUAUCAUGUAUAUGAUGUGUAAUAGCCCUUAGUGUGUGUGUAUUCUUACAAUAAGUUAAAGUGAAAACUUUCUGUUCUGGAGAUAAAAACAAUGUGUUACAUUACAUGUGAUUCACAAUUUCUUCACUUAAACAUUUCUGAAUGUAAUGUGAUGAAUGAAAAUAAAACAUGAAACUCUACAAAUGUA